AUGGGCCGGUCAAAGACCGAACCGAGAAACCGUGGUUCAGGGCGAUCGGGGCAGGGGCGACCGCGCAGGGUCCUGUCACCCACUGAUGCACACGAUGCUGCUGCCUCUGCUCACAACAAUCACCACAAUCACGACAAUUACGAUCAUGACUCAGAUGAGGAUGAUUCAGACGAUGACGACAACUUUGCAUUCUCUCAGCCCACUGCACCCUAUGGCCUGAUCCCCACACCUCACAGCCUCACCCCAACACCGGGCGCCACUAGGCGAAUGUCGGAGUCUCACUCCCCUCUGCCCAGCCCGCCCGUGCUAAAUCGCCGCUGGUCCCUGGCCUCCAGGACUGGCCCCACAGGGGAAGGAGGGGCGGGGCACCGUGGCCGGAACGUGUUUGUUGCCUCUGUUGGGGAUGGGGGUAUGGAGGUGGAUGGUCGGCGGGGCAGUCGGGGACGGGAUGGUGGGCCGGAGGCAGCAGAGAGGGCGGCAGAGGAGUGCAGUGAUGACUGCUCCAGCCAGGCGAGCUCUAGCCAUGCUAGUGUUGAGCAUGCCAACAGCCACUACGGACAGCAACUGCGGGAACGGAGAAUGCUGCCCAAAUUACCCACACUACCCAAGUCACCCUCUCUGCCUAAAUCACCCGCACUGCCCAAGUCACCUGCUCUACCCAAUGUAGGAGGGAGCAGCAUGGGUGUUCCUUCUGAGGUGCCGCAAACCAGAGGAGGCACCAGGAGGGGUGUGCGGGGCAAGCAGCGGGGCAGCAGCAGCUGGUUCCAGAAUGCGUUUCCACCGAGUCGGAAGUUCCUAUGA